AUGACUUCCCAACUUCCGCCGUGGACGAAAUCAAUUCUUGUCAUCGGCUCCGGCGAACUCGGCUCAGCGAUUCUCCAAGCUCUUCUUUCCCACUCCCUCUACAACGCUGCGGUGAGCAGCAUAAGCCUCCUGGUACGACCAUCCACAUUGUCCAACCCAUCACCUGAGAAGGCCAAACAGCAAGCCGAGUUUCGAGAACUGGGCGUUAAGCUGGUCCCGGGAGAUAUUGAGGUGUCGCAAGAUGACCUUACAGCCUUGUUCCAACCGUACACAUCAGUCCUCCAUGCAGGCGGCAUGUCGUUACCCGCUGGGUCCCUGGUCAAACUCACGCGUGCCAUCCUCGCCGCCGGGGUUCAGUAUUACGUCCCAUGGCAACAUGGCGUCGACUACGACGUGAUCGGCCGACAAGGCGGACAGGGCAUGUUUUCCGAGCAGAUCGAUGUGCGGGAUCUUCUCCGAGCACAAAGUUCGACAGCAUGGGUUGUGCUCAGCUGCGGGGUCUUCACGAGUUUCCUCUUUGAGGACUUCUGGGGCGUCGUCAAGAAGCUGCCCGGGGACAAGGUCCAGGUCACGGCAUUGAACUCCUGGGAAGAUGUUAUCACGACGACGCGGGCAGAAGAUAUCGCGCGGUGCACGGCCGAGUUGAUCUUCAGCGCCGCUGCGCCCGUCAACAAGCCGGUGUACAUUGCUGGAGAUACCUUGACCUACGGGCAAUUUGCAGAUGCUGUGGGACGUGCACUGAACAGAGAAGUCGUUAGACAGGUGUGGCCGUUGGAAUACCUGCGGGCCGAGAGUCGGAAGGAUCCAGCAGACAAGCUGAAGAGGUACAGGGUUGUCUUUGCAGAGGGCCGAGGUCUGAGUUGGCCGAAGGAGAAGACUUGGAAUGCUCAACGAGGGUGGGAGUUGAUGGGGGUGGAAGAAUGGAUUCGCCAGAAUUUUGCAUGA